GAAUACCGAGGUUUCAUGUGCAUCCGCGUGCGUGUGUUUUCAUGAGUGGCUAUUAUUUCACAUGCAAAUUCUGAGUUUGUCACUUGACUCAUUCUCAGAAGCAGAAGUGGAAACGGAAGAAGCGCGUUAACGCGAUCGCGUCCACCGCUCGUGCCCCCCUCAUCAGCGCUCGGGCGCGCGUGCAGGCGCUCGUGAGCGCGCGCAGAGUUUCCUGGAGCGGGUUUAAGGAGGAGCCCCGGAAUCCGUCAGGAGCGGGUCAGAACCGGCGACGAGACACCGGACGCUACCGGAGACCGGACCCGUGCGCGCGCACGCACGCAGGCAGGCGUGCGUCAGAUUGAGGAAGUGCGCGAGCGAGCGAGAGCGCGGUCGGUCAGGUGGGACGCGGCGGGGGAACUCAGGUGACACCGGCUCAGGAUUGACCCAGAGCGAGAGAAACAGACGGACAGAGAGACAGAAGCGCGUCUGUGAGUUUAUGGACUGGAGGUGGCGAUGUCUCCAGGAGAGGACGGUCUAAUCGGGAUCCCCUUCCCGGAGCACAGCAACGAGCUGCUGUCCCGUCUCAAUGCUCAGCGGCGGACCGGGCUGCUCUGCGACCUCACGCUGACGUCCCGCGGUGCUCGCUACCCCACGCACCGCUCCGUCAUGGCUGCGGUCAGCCUGUACUUCCGCCGUCUGUUCGGGGCGGAGGAGGGCGAGGAGGACGGCGAGGGCGUGGGCGACAGCUGCAGCGUCUGCCAGCUGGACUGUGUGUCGCCCGACGCUCUGGCCGCGCUGCUGGAGUUCGCCUACACCGCCACGCUGACCAUCCGCAGCUCGGGCAUGCGCGAGGUCCUGAAGGGCGCGCAGCUGCUGGGCAUCCAGUGCGUGGCGGACGCAUGCCGAGACAUCCUGGGCGAGACGGAGACGGGCGAUGAGCCGAUGGAGAAGGCUGAGCGGCCGCCGUCCCGACGCAAGCAGGACCAAUGCUUGCUGGCCCGGGCCGCGUCUCCCGUGAGGCCGGUGUGGAGGAGCCCCUCGGGGCCGGAUACGCCCGAAUGCGGGCCGCUUCCCGCACAAGGACACCCAGGGAUGCUGGUGAACGGAGGCUCGCACUGGCCACUGGAGUUCACACACAGACCCGAAGACACGCCCUCGGAGGAGGAGGAGUCUGGAGCCCAGGGGCGGGCCACGCCCCAACUCAGCCAAUCACAGGGCGACGGAGCAGGGGGCGGAGCAACGGCCGGAAACGGCAGGAAGAGAAAGUCUCAGACGCCUCAGCAGUGUCCCGUCUGUCAGAAGAUCAUCCACGGGGCGGGAAAGCUGCCGCGGCACAUGAGAACACACACCGGAGAGAAACCGUUCCAGUGCUCGGCCUGCGGCGUCCGCUUCACACGGAACGACAAGCUGAAGAUCCACAUGCGGAAGCACACGGGCGAGCGGCCGUAUCCGUGUCCCAGCUGUCCUGCGCGGUUCCUGCACUCCUACGAUCUGAAGAACCAUCUCUCGCUGCACAGCGGGGACCGGCCCUUCGAGUGCCCGCUGUGCCACAAGGCCUUCGCCCGCGAGGAUCAUCUGCAGCGCCACAGGAAGGGCCACAGCUGCCUGGAGCUCCGGACGCGCCGCCCGCGCCGGCCCGAGCCUGAAUCCUUCGCCCAGAUCAUGGAGGGCCGCGGCGGCCCCAUCCCCCUGCUGACAGGGGCCCGCAUGCCCUAUCCGGAGCUGCUGUGGCGGGCGGUCGCUGCGCCAGCGGGAGAAGCCCUGGAUAAAGCCGAAGGAGGCUCGUCCCCGCAUGGGAGCGCAUCAGUCGCGCAUCGAACCUGGGAGGAGGAAGAGGAGGAGCAGGAAGCUGCUGGGGAGGAGGAAGAGUGACCACGCCCAUCUGUGUGUGUGUGUGUGUGUGUGUGUCCAGGUGAAAAAAGUGCACUUCCAUAAGUGCUCUAUUUCCACACACUAAUGUAUGUAAUACACUAAAAGUGUUUCUUUAGUACUUCUUAAAGGGAUAGUUUCAAAAAUGAAAAUUCUGUCAUUAAUUACUCUCCCUCAUGUCGUUCCAAACCCGUAAGACCUUCGUUCAUCUUCAGAACACAAAUUAAGAUAUUUUUGUUGAAAUCCGAGAGCUUUCUGGCCCUUCAUAGACAGCAAGGUUACUACCACGAUCAAGGCUCAGAAACACAGCAAGGACAUCGUUAAAAUAAUCCAUGUGACUUCAGCAGCUACGAAAAUACUUUUUGUGCGCAAAGAAAACAAAAUAACGAAAUCUUCUCCUCCGUGUCACCCUUUAGCGCCAUUUUGGAGAUUAUCACAUACGUAAACAACGAUGUAAACAACGUAUGUACGCAGAUACGCUGUUAACAUUGUUUACGCAUUGAUCUGAACGUAAAGAACGUAUCCGCGAACAUACGUUGUUUACGUAUGUGCUACUCUCCAAAAUGGCGCUAUAGGGUGACGCGGAGGAGACGAAUUGUUGAAUAAAAUCGGUAUUUUUGCGCACAAAAAGUGUUCUCGUAGCUUCGUAAAAUUACGGUUGAACCAGUGAAGUCGCAUGGACUAUUUUAACGAUGUCCUUGCUGUGUUUCUGAGCCUUGAUGGUGUUAGGAUCCUUGCUGUCUGUGGAGUUCAUCAAAAAUAUCUUAAUUUGUGUUCUGAAGAUGAACGACACGAGGGUGAGUCAUUAAUGACAGAAUUUUCAUUUUUGGGUGAACUAUCCCUUUAAGAUCAAGUAAAUGUACUCAACUGUGCUAUUUUGGGACGCCAUGAAUA